AUGUCUAAUAAAUUUUAUGGACAAUUAGUAAUCGGAGCACCUGGAGCAGGAAAGACAACUUACUGCAACGCCCUUCAACAAAUAUUUAAAGCAAUUAAAAGGCCUUUUAUUUUGGUUAAUUUGGAUCCGGCAAAUGAAAAUAUACCUUUUGAGGUUCAUGUGGACAUUAAUGAAUUAAUUUGUGUUGGGGAUGUUAUGGAGAAAUUCAAUUUGGGACCUAAUGGAGCGCUUCUUUAUUGUAUGCAAACUUUGGCUGCUAAUCUUGAUUGGUUAGAAGAACGUCUCGAAAAAUUUAAAGGUUUUUACCUUAUAAUUGAUAUGCCUGGACAAAUGGAGCUUUAUUGUAGUGAUGAUUCUAUUCGGAAAAUUAUUAAUAGGUUCAAUACAUUACAAUGGCAAAUUUGUGCUAUUUGUCUAAAUGAUUCUACACAUAUUAAUGAUCCAGGAAAAUUUAUUUCCGUAAUUCUUUCCUCUUUAAUGGCCAUGAUAAAUUUAGAAAUUACACAAAUUAAUGUUCUUUCAAAAGUUGAUUUACUUUCAACAAAAGAUUUGCCUUUUAGUUUAGAUUAUUUUGAAGAAUUGCCUAAUCUUAAUUAUUUGGUUGAUUUACUUGAUGACCACCCAGCAUUAUCAAUUUACAAAAAUCUAAACAAACAACUUUGCCAAUUAAUUGAAGAUUAUGGACUAAUUGGUUUUGUAUUGUUAAAUAUACAAGAAAAAGAAUCUAUACUAAAUUUAAUAAAAAUGGCAGAUGAUGCAAAUGGAUUUACUAUAGCUUCUUCAAAUUGUGAAGAUUUUAGAAAUUUGUAUAAUGCCGUAGUGCUAAGCGCCGAAAUACCAAACCCCCCAAAAAUGUGUCGAAAUACCAAAAAAAUGUGGAUUGUUAACAACCUUCCGUGUUUAACUAGCAACUUUCACGCGCGUGAUUAGAAUAUAUUUGUAUGUUUUUUGUUUUUCCAGUUUGGUAUUUUGACAUCUUUUUGGGGGCUUGGUUUACGGCACGCUCC